AUUUCCGGAACGCUGCCUUCGCGGAGCCUUGUGGGUGACCGGCCGGGGUCUCCUGGCGACGACGAUGGCGGGGGAUGUGGGAGGUCGCAGCUGCCCGGACUCGGAGCUGCUGUUGCACCCGGAGCUGCUGUCCCAAGAGUUCCUUCUUCUCACUCUGGAGCAGAAGAACAUAGCUGUUGAAAAUGAUGUAAGAAUAAAUAAGGACAACCUUACUGAUCUUUAUGUCCAGCAUGCAAUACCUUUGCCUCAGAGAGAUUUGCCAAAGAAUAGAUGGGGGAAAAUGAUGGAAAAGAAAAGAGAACAACAUGAGAUGAAACAUGAGACAAAAAGGAGUGCCACUGUAGAUGGGUUAAGGAAAAGACCCCUCAUCGUGUUUGAUGGAAGUUCAACAAGUACAAGCAUCAAAGUGAAAAGGACGGAAAACGGAGAUAGCGACCGACUGAAGCCUCCCCCUCAGGCAAGCGUUACCAGUAAUGCCUUUCGAAAAUUAUCAAAUUCCUCUCCAAGUGUUUCACCCCUAAUUUUGUCUUCCAAUUUGCCUAUGAAUGAUAAAACGGAACACGGUAAUAAUGACACUAAACAGAACCAUGACUUAACGCAUAGAAAAAGUCCCUUGGACCCUGCGAAGCUGCCACCUUUGUCCCCCGGUGGAACCACUUCAGUGAAGUUAAAGCGGGCUGCUCCUAAAGAAGAAGCGGAGACCGCGAAUAACCUGAAGCCCCCAGAAGCGAAGAGGAAGAUACAACAUGUUACAUGGCCAUGAAGGAAAGUUACCCAAAAAAUGUAAAUAUAGCUAUAACUAGUUUUUCAAACAAGUUCACAUUUAUUGACAGUAUUAACAAAGAUCCUGAUUAUUAAGGAAUUUUCUUCAGAGGUUUAAAAUUAGGUUAAAAAAACUAUCGUGUUUCCUUUUUUUGUUUUAUUUUCUCUGCCUUCCUUUAAAAUUCUUGUCUCUCAUGCCCUGAAUAGGAAAGAGUUUCUUUUUAAACUAAUGACUUAGUAUAAGUCAUUUAUAUUGAUCAUAGUCAAAU